UCUAUCUAGGUCGGCCCUGGCCUUUAAAUUAAUAUCAAUUAGAAUAAAAAAAUGGCAUGGAUGAAAGUUUAGUAAAGGAAGAGACGCCAUUGUGUGAUGCUUGUGACAGGGAUAAAUGUACAGUGUUUGCUGAUUUUUGGUGUCGAGAAUGCGUAGAAAACUUGUGCGCACCAUGUGUAGUUGUUCAUCAAAAAUUGAAAAUGACAAGCGAACACUAUGUUCUGCCCCUUUGUAUCAAAAAGAUCAUCAGUACACACAUUCUAGAAAUUCCAGUAACAUGCAGUAAGCAUUCAAAUCAGUCUGUUCUGUUUUAUUGUUCUGAACAUAAAUCUGUCCUCUGCAAUCUUUGCAAACAAGAACACCAAAAUAUAUGUCGUGAAUUAGAAGAAAUAAAAGGCAAAACUGAUAGUGACAGUUUUAUUGGAAACUUCGAAAACAAAGCAGAACAAGUUACGGAAAGUCUUGAUGAACGUAUUGAGGAAUCAACUAAAAACAAAAACUGUAUGCAAGCUGAAUACAAUAACAUACAGGAUGAGAUAAGACAUUUCUGUCAAGAAAUUAAGAACAAGAUCGAUGCAUUACAGAAUAGGUUAGUAGAAAAUUUAUCACAUCAUCAUUCGAAAAGAAUAAAAAAAGAAGACGAUAAUAUUGAAACACUUCAUAAAGUCCAAUCAAGUGUAAAAUCCAUAGAACACGAUAUCAAAAAUGUCAGAGACCAUUUAACAAAGAAACAACAUUUUGUAAUUCUGGUUGCGUUAGAACACGAAUUACAAAAAAAGAUGGAUGCCCUUUCUCGUCUACCUACCGAUGAGGACAGAAUUCAGCUUCGUUUCCAACGAUCAAACUUACUUGAUUUGAUUACAGACCUUGGAACUAUUUCUUCAACACAAGUAUCUACCUGUUCUUCGUCAAACCAAACUCUAAGUGUUGACGUUAUUGCACAUGAAGAUCGUAGACUGCAGAAUGACGAAAUUUUUGCAACAAAUAUACUACCAGAGUCAGAGAUCACACUUAUGAGAGAGACCGCAUUUAGUCAAGCGAGAGUUGAAACAGGUAUGCACGAUUUGAAUGACAAAUUUGAUACUGAUUGCCAGUCAGAUGGUAACGAAACUGUUCUAUACCAAAAGGAAUCAUUAGACUUCGAGUUAGAUACAGACAAUAUACCUGGACCAAGUGAUCUUUUUGGUGAAUGCUCAAUUACGAUUGGCGCUAAUGGGAUAACAAAUGGGCAUGCAUUAGAAAAUAUUGCAAACUUAGAACAAGACGAAGUGUUAGACAACACAAACGCUAAACGAAAGAAGUACAUUCAUUUAAAACAGAGUGUACAAAUCAAGAAAAUGUUGAAUGAAGAUUUUGUUAUUACUGAUCUAUGUUGUUUUUUCGGAAAGGACAAAAUUGCACUUGGAGAUUCCAAAAAUCAAAGAAUCUUUAUUUGUGAACAGUCAGGCAAACUGUUAAAAUCAUUCGAAUCAAUAAAAAUACAGGACAUGGCUAAGUCGCCAAUAUCGGAGUCUUUUAUAUUUGUUUCUAUUAAAGACAAAGGCAUUUUACGGUUGGAAAAUGGAGAGGAAGGAUACCAUUUCAGUAAAUAUUUUGAAAACAACAAGGUAUCAGACUUAGCUUCUUAUGGAGAUAAAUUAGCAGUUCGUAUCGGUAAAAAGGCAAUCAACAUUUUAAAUUGUGGUGAAAAUUGUGGUAUAUUGCAGUGCAAGAAAGUAACAGUGUCCGUUCCUCCUGAACAUUUCGAUUGUGAUGCGCAAGGCAACAUAGUUCAAACUAGUCAAACAAGUGAUUAUGUUUUGGCAUACGGCCUAGAUGGAACUACUAUUUACAGAUUCCAAAAUUCUGACUUACGAAAUGCACAAGGUUUAACAGUAGACAGCAACAGGAAUACUUAUGUAUGUGGAUACGAAUCGAACACAGUUGUAAAAAUUAGUCCAGACGGUAAAAGCCACCAGGUUGUGCUCGGAGAAGAUGAUGGAAUUAUGCAACCAUAUGAUUUAGAUUACAACAAAUCAACACAAGAACUUAUGAUCAUAAAUGACGAUCACAAAUCCAUUAACAUAUACAAAUUAUAAUUUUUUUAACAUCAAAAUAUAUAUCACAAACUUAUCGUUGUCACGUGACUAGUGUGUGUAAAAUGAGAUGCGACCCGGGAAACGGACAAUCUCGGAAUUUAAUCGAUUAGGUUACAUUAUAAGAACUCGAUGUGAAGAAAACAACGCCAUAUAUAAAGGAAUACGUGCUGGUAUGUUUUGAUAAAAUUAUUUCUGAAUUAAAAUAUCAAGUACACUUUUACACACUUUUCUGUGUAUUUUGUAAACGUUGUUUUGGUUUUUUUUUUUGUGUUUGUGUAGAACGUUCUCUUGAAUUUUAUCCUUUUUAUACGUUGUAAUAAAAUUAUAAAUCUCA